UGUUUUCCUAGCAAUUUAUUUUCAUUUCGUUGGUGAUGAUUGUAUUUUAACUGUUGUUAUUUUGUUAAUAAUGUGAACGAGCGCAACAUAUUUACCGAGGAAAUCUGUGAAAUAUGUCAUUAACUAUUAGAACUAAAAUGAACAGAUAAAAAAUGUAAACAAUUUCUAAAGAGAUAAGUGCAUUUCAUCAUUUAUAGUGCUUCAACAAAAGAACAGAAUAAAAACAUAAAAUAAAAGUCAAAUAAAAAACAAAAGGAAACAAGAGAAUUGACCAAGCAAAAACAAAUGAACAGUGCCCCUUUUUGUUUUUUCUUUUAAGUUUAUCUUUUUCAAACAAAGUGACAAGUAAAAAUUAUUGCCCUAAAAACUAUAGAUAAAAUUGUAAAAAGUAUAAAAUUAGAAUAUUUGUGACUGUGUGGCUCUGCCUCUUGCAAGAGAAUUUGCGGAAGAAAAAAACCUGAAGGGUCAAUUAGUCGUGUUGUUUUCCUUUUUCAUUUGCAAAUUAUACCAUACCCCAGCCCGUUUUGUUGGCUAAAUAAGUUAUUGUGAGGACAGAUUUAGUCAUCAUGGAUAUUUUAGACAUCGAUGAGGCUCUUAAAGAUGAUUCCUUUAUAUUUCUCGAAGACAAGACUCAUGAUGACAUUUCCAACAUAUUGCAACAAUGGAAAAGUAACAAUUACAUGCCGCCUUCUAAUAACACCCAAACACAGCAACAACAAGAACAAGCAUAUAAAUUAGAUUCCAGGACGUUCACGCGACCAAAACGGAAGCUGGCACAAAAUCUUGAACCACAAUUCACAAAUACCUCCCCAAGUGUUUCACAACACCAACAAAUCCAACACCAACAACAACAAACUUUCAACAAUUCACAACAUGAUAAUCCAAUGCUUAAUCUGGAGAUUGGUGGUUUGGUCACAAAUAUGCAAAAAUCAUUUUUGCAUGAUGUAUCUCCACCCUCUUUCUCGUCGAUGGAUGCCUCCAUAGAUCGCAUGAACAAUUCCCUAAUUACAUCAGCUGAUUUUUCCAACAUCAACUUUUUGCAGUCCACAAACAGCUUAGAUUUCGGAGGAAACGAUAUCAAUGGUCAUCAUGGAGAUUUUGAUUUGAUGGGCAAAAUAACAAGUGAUGGCUAUACACUUAGCGACAUGAUACGCGAUCGAAAGGCCUUAGAGUCGUUAACGAUGUCAAGUGAAGGAACAUUAAUUAAAGACAUGCAUAUCGGUCAAAUAGACGAUAUUUCGCUGACGCUGAGCAAGACUGCUUCUGGUUGCAGUACCAUGGACAAUUCGACAGAAAGUGUUGAGGUCAAUAAUAGAACAGUGGAAAUUCCCAACAAACACCGUACUUUUGAUCACCAUGGUGUAGACAUAAAAUCAAGCCAAAGUAGUAACACAGGCCUCGACUUAAAUCGUACUAUGGUUCUAACGGAUGAAAUGAUUGGUGACAUAACAUACAACUUGGUGGAGAACAGCAUGUAUGGUAGCAUGGCUUCUGAGAAGGCUCUGAACAUUACACAAAGUCUAACCAAAUCACAGCAGUCUGGCUCGGAAUUAUCCUCCAAAGUUGGGACGGGCCUCGAUCAAACAAUUUGUCUUUCAAACGAUGGAGUGUGUGGAACAACCGUUGAAAAAACAGAAAAUUCUACCUUUGAUUGCCAGGAAAACAUAACACCCAACAAUCGCUGUGAAACUCCCGAAGGUAUCGAGAAGCCCAUCACGUCAUUGAAGUACUACGAAUCUACUCCACAAACAACGAGUGUCCGUUACAAUAAGCAACAUUAUACACCCACACUUAAAAUGGUGGUCGACGUUAAUAUUUCACCCAUCAUAGCAUCAUCGGCCCUACUUCCACACAAUGCCACACGAGUACUGAAUGACACAUUUGAGCAUGAGCAACGAGUAAAUAAAGCUAAUAACAUUAUAAAUACGAACACCUUCUCCGGUAAGUUACCUCUGAAUGCAACAGUGGAAAUGAUAGAAAACAUAGAAAACCCGAAUGGGACAUAUGAAAAGGACAGACGCCGUUUCGAACAUCCUAGUCCAGUUUCAUUAGAGAUGAAAAAUGUUAUGGCUUUAGCUCAAGCGGAAGCCAAUCUAUUGGCUUCUAACAACAACGAAGAGGAGUUCGAUCAUAUGCUAGAUGAGUUCAGCAAAGUAGAACUUAAUGCCGAACAGUUAAAAAUGAAAAAGUCUUUGGAUUCCAUUAAAAAACGAUUUAACUAUGGACCCAACAAGGAUAGGUCACAUCCCCGAGAAAUAUCCCGUGAAGCCAAAGACAUGAGGGACAUGAUGAGGGUUUCGGCCGAUAUUUUGGGUGAAGAAGAUCAGUCGUCAAAGGAUUACCUUAACAUGACAAUGGAUCUGGCAGGAAAAAAUGACAUGAAAAAAUCCAAGGACACAUUUGCGGAAUCUCCGCAUGCCUUGAGCGAGGGCUUGGAUAGCAUUAAAAGUCCACUUAAGGAUUCAGUGACUAGCAGUAUAAGUGAAUCGAAAAUCUCGAAUGGAGGACUCAGUAUGUCUUCGGUAAGCAGCGCCAGUACGGCGGGUGAAAGGUUGUUAAGUCGGCGGAGUCGUCUUUACGAUGACAUUAACUUGUCGACUCUUUCACCCAGUUCCACGCAUGGAUCCAAAAUAUCAUUGGGCUCAUCGUUUACUGUAAAUAAAGAUGAGGACAAUGCCAUCACCACCGAAGAGAAUCGUCCAAACAUAACAAAUGAGACUGAAAAUGUGAGUUGUCAAAGUGCUCUUGAAAUGGUGCAAGAAAAGACUGAAAAUGCUACUGAAGAGGGCAAUGCUGAUGCGUCAAUGUGUACUCAGACACAGGACACUACGGCAGCACAAUACAAACUUGCCGAAAAACGAGAGAGAGACCGAGAUCGCUUUAAAACCAUUAAAAUUAAUAAAAAUCGCAAUGGUGGAGGGGCGAGUCAAACAGGAUUGGAAUUAAAUGUGCCUUGUAUUGAUGAUUAUGAUGUAGAUGUUAAUGCUGUUGAGAGCUGCCAACAACAAUCGAAUGCUCGAAUUUCAAGACGAGAUCAAACAGUUUCACCCGUUUUUAAUAACAAUAAAUCGGAAAUAGAAAUUGUGGACGCCAAUAAAACAACAUCGAAAAUAAAUCCCAACUAUCUAACCUAUAAAAAGCCAAAAGACAAGCAAGCGAAUGCCCGAAACUUGCCAGAAAUUGCUCCCGCUUCUACAAACACAUUUGCAGUAGCGCCGGAUGUAACGAAUAACAAGCCUCGUUCGCUCUCUCGACCGCGAUAUUUAAGCGGAUUGACAAAAUUUAGUGCCGUCAGCAAGGCAACUUCGGCCGAUGAACUAGAAAAGUCAAUUCCCCGCCAAACUAAUUUGAAUGUCACAACAAACGCAAUGCCUAGUGGUUUAUCGAAAGCGUCAAAUUCUGCCAAUAGAACAAUAAUUGGGGGUCAAUCAAAUGAACAGGCAACCGGAGAGUUGAAGAGUCCAAUGGGUAUAAAAUCGAAAUCAUUUCAUAAUCUAUCAAGCAAUCAUACCUCAUCUUCCAAUAUCAGUAUUGGAAGUGGUGGAGGUGUACCUGCUGCUCGAACAUUUGGUCUAAGAAAGCCAAGCGCAACAUCAACUGAAAAAUUGGUUAAAACAAAUACCAAUCGGAAUUCAGUCGUUUUAAAUACUGUUGGUGUACAACAGUCGUUGGCUCAGCAAAAAAGCGACGAAGCUGUUUUUAAAGUUCCCAAACUUGUGUCUGGCCUUCGAGCACCCGGUAGCAGCUCUAAUAAUGCUAGCGGAGCAACGAGUAAACGAGCUGGUUUGGUAAGACCUUCAUCUGGCUACUUUAGUCUAAAUGUAACCGCCAAAAGUGGAAUACAAUCGCAUCCAGAUACUGACAGUGAUAAUGGUCGCCAUUCUCCUACUGACAGCAUGUCAUCGGCAUCAUCAAGGGGUAGUGCUCAAAGUCUGAAUAAACCCAUAGGUAUUAAAGCACCUAGUGCAAUGACAAGCAACACAUCAGCAAUAAAGACGAGUUCCAUUAGUGCUACAGCAGGACUCACAAAAAUCACAGUCGGUUCUACAGGUAUUCCGAAGCCAUCUGGCCUAAGGCCUCCUUCGGCCAUUAAACGCAGUGGGCUUCCUCGACCAUCAAGUUUUGCAAAAUAGGUCAUCUUGAGUUGUGUAAUAAUUAUUGAUCAAAUAUACUAUUAUCAGUUGAUAUUAUUAAAUUUUGUAUACUCCUAAGUUCUCAAAUAUACAAAUAUUUCAUAUUAAGUUUAUAACAACUCAUAAAAAACUAGGUAUUUUUAGAGUUUUUUAACAAAAAUUACUAUUUUUAAUUUUUUCACUCCUUUUUGAUUUUCUACAAUCAAUCAAUUCACUUUUUUGAAUUAAAAUUAUUUUUGACGGCAGUUUUUGGUCGCAUUUACAAAAAGUAAUAGGUUUACUAUAAAAAAGAUUGUAUUAUAGAUACUCAGCUCAAUUAAGCUCACAGAAUCUAUCAUCAACAAAAAGUAUUGUUUCGAAAAUGUUAUUUGACUAAAGUACACACAAAUGUUGUUACUAGUUCCUGCCUUUGUAAAAUUCAGGAAUACGAAGAUGUUAUUAUGAAUAUAAUUUGCCGCUCAUUGAAAUGAAAAUAAAGUAA